AUGGAAUCUGUUUUGAUUGACCAAGUGAGGCAGCAUCCCUGUUUGUACGACAUCCAAACGGAAGCGAUCAAGGUUAUGUGGACAAAAUUAAGAAACGCGUUUAUUGCAGCAAAAAAACGAAGAAAGACAAAAAGCGGCCAAGCAGCAAAAAAAUUUGCACCAUGGAAAUUUGAGAAAGAAAUGUCUUUUUUGAUACCGUCUUUGGAAAUGAGGGAAACUUGCAGCAAUUUAGAAACAAGAACCAAUGAUGAAAAUAUACUAGUAGAACCAGAUUUUGAAGAGCAUUCAACAGAGUUAUUAGACGACAAUGAAGAAUUAACUGAGAGAGAAAAGGACGAACAGAUAUCACCUUGUUACAGUCCAGCUACAAGUCUAAAAUGUCAGAACCCUGCCCAUGAAAUGGUUCAAAUCAUGAAGAAAAAUGCAGAAAACUAUAUGAAACGAUAUGACAAUGACGUAAACAAUUUGGAUGAGGUUGAUAUGUUCUAUUUAAGUAUGGCAAAAACAGUUAAGAAGCUUCCUCCGUUAGAACAAGCCAAAAUACGUAUGACCCUUUGCCAACUUGUAUCGGAGGCAGAAAUUCGAACAAUAGCUGGAAACGUUGAAUAAUACACAAGCACUUCUUCAUUAGGUCCUGUAUCCUCUUUUGUAUCCUCUCCUUCCACUUCUUCCUUUCUCUUUUGUAUCCCCUCCUUUCAUUUCUUGAUUAGGUUAUGUAUCCUCUUUUGUAUCCCGUCUUUCCAUAAGUCCCAUGUCUGAUCCUGGCCAAGGUACCGCGAUGUCAACAUCUGCUACACAACCUUCAUCUUUGCCAUCAACGUCCAACUGUUUGUCAUACACAACGAUGUAAAAAUGCCAUACCAUUGGUCAUACACUAAUCAAUAUAAAGGUGCCCACUCGCUAAGAAGGAAGCGCGAAGAUUUAAAUGUGCAUGAUACGGGGUAUAAAUACAGUUAAUCAUACCGUUAAAAGUGUGUGUGGUGGUGAAAAAUGUGGAAUGCGCAACCCAGCCUCUCGAACUCAGGAUCGUCUUGAUUUUUAGCGGGUGCAAUUAUCAUCGCACAGGGAAGAACGAGUAUAUGGGCAAUAAGUCUCUGCAUGUCUCAUUUCCAAUCAGUGGUGUACGAUGGAUGUUUCAUAUUAUUGAGCAUUUUAUUAGAAAACAAACAGUGUAUUAAGAACCAUGAGUGAUAUAAUGACCAUGUCGAGAGAUUUUAUUACUGAAUUCCCAGACCUUUACAGAAGUGACCGCUGUUUAUGGCAAAUUAAAAAUAAAGCAUACAAACACACGCCACUGCCAUUAAUAAAAGAUCUUUUUUGGCGCCAUGUUCACUUUAACCCUACUUCUGAACUAAAAGCAAAGGUAUUGAUGUAUGUCGAUCUGAACAGUACGGGCUUACUGCAAACAUGCAGAGACUUAAUUGCGCAUUCUUCCUUCUUAGUGAGUGGGCACCUUCAAGAAUUUAUAAUUUUUGUAAAGACUGACAUGUUUUGUACACACUUAUGAUAACUGAGUGACAGAGAAAAGAAAAGUACUUUUGAAGUGUGUAAAAUAUAAUUCCUACCCGAGUGCUUUCAGAUUAUAAAGUCAUUUUCAGAGCUAUACUACAAUAAAAUACCUCUUAUGAAUAAUGAAUCUUAGAAUUCUCUAAGUUUUUUUUAGGUUAUUCACAAACUUUGUGAAUUCUAAGAUUAAUAGGGAACUUGACAAUUUUUUUUAUUUCUUUAUUAUAUUUGUCUACAUAUAUAAACAACACAUACCAAAUAUCAACCCUCAAAUCGCAAUAUUUAAUUUACAAUGAACAUUUAAAGUUGUGAUCGCCAGCUAUCCAACACGAAAAGCGCAGCACGCUAUGUGACGUCACGCUGCUCGUUCCAGGAUAAGAGAACAAAGAACUGGCAACACUGGAAGAUUGUUUGUAUUUAAAAUUGACAGUUCGUUGAUUUAAAAACAUUGAGUUUGGAAGGUUAGAUUUUAUAUAGUAUAUUAGAAUAAUGGAAGUAACAAUCUGCAUGAAAGCAACACAAACACAAUAUUACAAAUAUUGUAUAUUUUCCAUGUGUUCCAAUACCACUUAUAAAAUGCCCUGAAUACUAUUUAUUCGUGUAACUCAAGAUCAAAAACGUCGUUUAAAAUGGUUAAAGGCAUGCAAAAGAAAUGAGAAAGAUAUUUCACAUAAGACAUGUGAAGAUCAUUUUAAUGUGAGUAUAAAAAUCAGACUCUAUUUUCAUCUACAUAUUAGUUCAAUAAGUAUAGUCGGUUCGCUAAACUGGCUCGUGAUUUUAGUAAGUAAUUUUGCCAAUUUGGUAAAAUUUGCAAAAAAAAAAUAAUUACAAAGUGGUUAAUAAUUACUAAAUAGUUAGAAAAUUUGUCAAUUUUGGCAAAAUUGGCCAAAAACAAAAAAAAAAAAUACCGACUAAAAUCACUAGCCAGUUGUGUCUGAGUUCAGCGAACCGACUAUACUUAUUUUAUGUUCACUUCUUUGCUACACAAUGCAAUAAUAAUAUAAUGAAUGCAAUUAUAUAAUACCUAAUAUUAUAACAUAUUUAUAUUAAUGCAAUAUACAAUAUAAUAGGUAUUUACCAUAGUAUUACAAAGAACCUUAUGUUUUUAAUACUAAUUCUUUUUAAUUCUUUACGAUUUUAUGAUUCCUUAUGAUUUUAUCACAUAAUGUACCGUUGCAGCGUUGCAAUACUUAUCGCUUUCGCCCGUUUAUAGAGACGACCAACAAACUGUCUGACGUCACAACCGAUUCCUCCCGUUGAAAGAUUAAUUUAAAUUCUACAGUUUUUAAUUGCUUAUAUUUAUUUCAUAAUAAUAAAAUAUGAGUUUUUUUGUAAACUGUGGUUCUUUUAACAGCAUUAAAUAACAUUCAUCAGUAAUAUUUCUAGAAUAUAAUUUUUAUGCAAGUUUCCUAUUAUUCAUUAGAUAUCUUUUAUUGUAGCAUAACUCUGAAGAUGGCUUUAUAAGCCGAAAGCACUCAGCAAGGAUUUAAAUUUUACAAAAUUUAAAAGUACUUUACUUUUCCCUGUCACUCAGUCGAAUUUGUGAUUUAUCUAAUAUGUAUAC